CCCCUGCCUUCGCGCUAACAUUAUCUAAUUCUUCCCUCCAGAUCUUCGACAUCACCUCCCAAGUAACCACGCUUCACCAGCAACCACACAUACCCCCACCACACACCACAUACUCCACGACCGACCAUGCCGCCAAAACGCAAACUUCCCGAGCGCCCCGCCGAGAUCACGUUCGACCGCGAGGCGCGCACAGAGUACCUCACGGGCUUCCACAAGCGCAAGCUGCAGCGCAUCGCGAAGGCGAAAGAGGCCGCCGCGGCCGUCGAUAAGCUUGCCGCUAAGGACGCUCGGAAACAAUUGCGGGAGCAACGAAAAGAGGAACUGGAGGAGCUCGUGGAGGCGGGGCAGAAAGCUGCGCGACGGUCUGCGCGGGUUGCGGCGGGCGGGACGUGGGAGUCUGAUGACGAGGAGGAGGUGGGAGGCGACGACGAGGAUGGCGAGUGGGACGGGAUCGGCGACGAGGCUGUGGUAGUGAAGUUGGAUACCAAGGAGCUCUAUGUCGACGAGGACAAGUUCACGACUGUUACUGUGCAGGAGAUGGAUUUGGAUGCGGAUUCUGAGGAGGAGAAGGAGGAGAAAGUGGAGGGCGAGGGGGAGGGCGAUGCGGAGGCGAAGGAGGGAGAGGAUGGGAAGGAUGGGAAGGAGAAGAAGAAGUGGCCGAAAAAGAAGAAGGAGAAGAAGAAGAAGUUCAGGUACCUCAAUGCGACUGAGCGCAGGGCCGAUAGGUUCAAGCUCAAGCAGAGGAAGUCGAAAGAGAGAGCGAAGUUCAAGGGAGAGAAGGGGGACGAGAAAAAGCCGAGUGGAAAAGGAAAGCCGAAGAAGUAGGAAUAAGACUGUUGUAAUAUACCUUUUUUGUGUCAUUGUAAUGCCAACCCGCUGAAGGUGGUGCGCAGUGGGCUGGAAAUCAUCC